GAUGCUUAAUAAUAGGUCAUAUCAUAGGUUUCUGUAUUCCUCAUUAUAAAUUUUCUUUAAACAAUAAUUGUCUAGAUGUAUUUAUUUUAUUUUAUUACAUUAUAAGUAUUAAAUAAAAAUAAUUAAUAAAAGUCGCUUAUAACUCACCCACUUUUUGCUGAAAAUUCAAAUUAAUUUCAUAUAUUUAAAUCACAACGAAUCAGAACCAAAUUCAUAAACAAACACUAACACUCUUCAUUUCCAAAAGAAUGACUUCAUCGAUCAAUGGAAGAAAACCAAGUGAUAUUUUCAAAGCACAAACUCUCUUAUACAAACACCUAUUCGCCUUCAUAGAUUCCAUGUGUCUUAAAUGGACAGUUGAAAUGAACAUACCAAAUAUCAUCCAUGAUCAUGGCCAACCAAUUUCUCUUUCAAACCUAGUUUCAAUUCUUCAUGUUCCAUCCUCCAAAGCCGGUAACGUGCAGCGUCUCAUGCGUUACCUUGCACACAAUGGAUUCUUCGAGAUUGUGACGAAUCGAGAGAUGGAAAAUGAAGAAGAAGCUUAUGCUCUAACUGUUGCAUCAGAGCUUCUGGUUAAAGAAAGUGACCUUUGUUUAGCAGCAAUGGUUGAGUGUAUUCUUGAUCCAACGCUUUCGGGUUCGUAUCAUGAGCUGAAAAAGUGGAUUUAUGAGGAGGAUCUUACACUCUUUGGUGUUACUUUAGGAUCUGGUUUUUGGGAUUUUCUUGAUAAGAAUCCUGAUUAUAAUAGAUCGUUUAACGAAGCCAUGGCUAGUGAUUCUAAAAUGAUAAACUUGGCUUUGAGGGAUUGUGAUUUUGUGUUUGAAGAGUUGGAAUCGAUUGUGGAUGUUGGUGGUGGAACUGGAACAACUGCUAAGAUUAUUUGUGAGACAUUUCCUAAGUUGAAAUGUGUUGUUUUUGAUAGGCCACAGGUUGUUGAGAAUUUAUCAGACACAAACAAUCUGAGCUAUGUUGGUGGUGACAUGUUCUCAUCUAUUCCUAAUGCUGAUGCUGUUCUUCUUAAGUGGAUUUUACAUAAUUGGACCGAUAAGGAUUGCAUAAGGAUAUUGAAAAAAUGUAAAGAAGCUGUAACAAGUGAUGGAAAAAGAGGAAAAGUGAUUGUGAUAGAUAUGGUGAUAAAUGAAAAGAAAGAUGAGAAGAAUCUUACUCAAAUGAAGCUUCUUAUGGAUGUAAACAUGGCAUGUCUCAAUGGAAAAGAGAGAAAAGAGGAAGAAUGGAAGAAGCUCUUUGAGGAAGCUGGCUUUCAAGACUAUAAGAUAUCUCCUUUGACUGGAUUUUUGUCUCUUAUUGAGAUCUAUCCUUAAACAUUGUUCUCAAUUACACAUAACAAACACUUCCAUUUUUAAACAUAGUUUAAGAAAACUAGAAGUGAUUGACUAUAAUUAUUUAUAUGAUGAUAUAGUUUUGGUUUAUGACACCAAUCACAACUUGUUAUUACGUGUCAGCACUUAUAGGUUGUGAUCAAUUCUAUUGUUUUCAUUAUAUGAUGCAAUGUUUUGAUCUAUUUCGAUGUUGUACUAUUAUAAUUUGAAUUUGUUAAAAAUGGGUUUAAGAGCCA